AUGACGCUUCCGAAAUUUGGGGUCCAAGCCUUCUACGAGAAGCAAAGAUUUACCAGCCCUCAAACCCCGGAACCAAACAAAAAGAGAAAGGCAGAGCCCACUAACACCAAUAACCGUAGGAUAAAGGACGUGCGGAAACGUCCUCGUGCCGCGACUCCUGCUGGCGCUUCUCAACAAGCAGGCACCGCUUUCUCGUCCCUGUCCACCGCCCCUUCAUUUCCAUCUUCUGGAUUCAGUGCUCCCCCAGUCCAGUCAAAUGGCUUCAAUUUCGGCCAAACCCAAAGCCAGAGCUUUCCAGGCGCCAGCUCAACCCCCUCGCAGCCUAACCAAUCCAACACCACUCCGUUCUCUUUCGGCAGUGGCAGCCAGCCAGGCUUCAGUUUUUCUGGUUUCGGUGGCUCUAGUUCUGCUGCUGCGACUAACCCCUUUGCUACCACUUCUUUUACUGCUGGGAACUCUACCCCCUCUCAACAACAAAACACACCUUUCUCUUUCGGCGGCUUUGGAGGCAACCAGUCCACCCCCCAACAACAAUCCUUCUCUUCCGGUCCGUUUGGAGCCCAGACCCCGAGCACACCUAACGGGGCUGGCCUGUUCGGACAGCCGGCCAAUAACACCGGCGCGAACUCUGCUGCAGACUCGAUGCAAACCUCGCCUGAUGCAAAGCCCAAGACUCUAGCUGGGAAUACUUCACCCACAAUGCCUCCUUUGCCUUCUUCUCUGAAUCGCAGCUUGUUUGGUGACUCGGGAGCUUCGGAUAGCUUAUCUUCCAAGCCAGCUACACCGGCGGGCAACAUAUUUUCUGGAAUAGGCGCUUCAUCGACUGCUUCCGCAUCCAACCCAUUCACAUUUACUUCUACUCCCAAGCCUGCCGAGCCGGAGAAAGUAAAUGGAACCCAAAAAGCACCUCUAUUUGGUGCUGCUACCCCAUCGACUUCACAAGCAGGAGCCAAUCCUGCUCCAUCCGCAACCCCCAGUCUCUUCGCCGCAAAGCCGGCCGCACCGGCCAGCAAUCCGUUCGCCGGGUUAAGCGCUUCCUCGACCGCAGAGAAGCCCCCCGCGUCUAACCCAUUUGCAUUCACUUCUACUCCCAAGCCUGCGGAGCCGGAGAAAACAAAUGUGGACCAAAAAGCACCUUUCUUUGGUGCUGCUACCCCAUCGGCUUCACAAGCCGGAGUCAAUUCUACCCCAUCCGCAACCCCCAGUCUCUUCUCCGUAAAGCCGGCCGCACCGGCCAGCAAUCCGUUCGCCGGGAUAAGCGCCUCCUCGACUGCCUCGACUGCAGAGAAGCCCCAGGCGUCCAGCCCAUUCACAUUUACUUCUACUCCCAAGCCUGCCGAGCCGGAGAAAGUGAAUGGAGCCCAAAAAGCACCUCUAUUUGGUGCUGCUACCCCAUCGGCUUCACAAGCAGAAGUCAAAUCUACUCCAUCCGCAACCCCCAGUCUCUUCGCCGCAAAGCCGGCCGCACCGGCCAGCAAUCCGUUCGCCGGGUUAAGCGCUUCCUCGACCGCAGAGAAGCCCCCCGCGUCCAAUCCAUUCGCAUUUACUUCUACUCCCAAGCCUGCGGAGCCGGAGAAAGUGAAUGGAGCUCAAAAAGCACCUCUCUUUGGUGCUGCUACCCCAUCAGCUUCACAAGCAGAAGUCAAAUCUACUCCAUCCGCAACCCCCAGUCUCUUCGCCGCAAAGCCGGCCGCACCGGCCAGCAAUCCGUUCGCCGGGUUAAGCGCUUCCUCGACCGCAGAGAAGCCCCCCGCGUCUAACCCAUUUGCAUUUACUUCUACUCCCAAGCCUGCGGAGCCGGAGAAAGUCAAUACUGCCCCAUCUCCAGCUUCCAGUCUCUUCGCGACGAAGCCAGCCGAGAAGCCAGCCGACCGCACAUCUCCCACUCCGAAUGACAUGGGGGCUCAGAUUCCAAUCCCUAAGUUUGGCGAGAUGACUCAGGAGCUCCAAGACAAGGCCAUUAUCCUCUGGAAAAUCCGAACCUUGGACAUAUUCUUCCAGGAACAAAUCGCCAAGUCAAAGCCGGGAGAAGAAUUGUUCGACAAUAUUAUUUUGCAUUACAUGAAAGCACGCGCGUCCUUUGGCUAUCCAGUCAAAAGACGUAAUCAGCUUUCCAAUGGUGCUGAGGAAACUCCCACCCAGAAUGGUCAACUCGCACAGCCCAAUAGUGAAAACGGUUCCGCUACGGCUAAUAUGUUUGCAAAAUCGUUCUCUUCGCCAGGACCCGUUGCCCCCCAGUUCGGGAAUGACUCCCCAGCUCCCGCCGCUCCCAAGUUUGGGAAUGGCUCCCCAGCUCCCGCUGCUCCCAAGUUUGGAAAUGGCUCCCCAGCUCCUGCUGCUCCCAAGUUUGGAGAUGGUUCCUCGACUCCCGCCGCUCCCAAGUUUGGAGAUGGUUCCUCGACUCCCGCCGCUCCCAAGUUUGGAAAUGGCUCCCCAGCUCCUGCUGCUCCCAAGUUUGGGGAUGGUUCCUCGACUCCCGCUGCUCCCCAGUUUGGAACUGGCUCCCCAGCUCCUGCUGCUCCCAAGUUUGGAAAUGGCUCCCCGGCUCCUGCUGCUCCUAAAUUUGGAAAUGGCUCUGCUUCUUCUGUACCUAAGUUCGGCAGUGGAACCUCUGGCCCUGUCGACUUCAUGGCACAGUUCAAGAAGACAGCCGAAAGCACCGAGGCCAAGGAGAAGGCCAAGCGUAAGGCUGAGGAGUUCGACUCCGACGAAGACGACGAGGAAGAAUGGGAACGUCGUGACGCUGAAAAGCAACGCGAGAAGCGUGCGAAGUUUGCGGCUGAUGUUGCAAAAAUCGAUGCGGGCAAAUCUGUCUGGAUCCCAGGACAAGGCUUAAAGUCGGCUGAUUCUGAUAAGUCAGCUACCCCUACUCCUGCCGACAAGCCCUCCCCUCCUGCGACAUCUUCUCCCUCGAUCUUCGAGUCAUCUAGCCGCCCACUUUCUGACUCAGAAAAUAUUUUCGGUCGUAUCUCUACACCACAGCCCGUCGAGGAUGACAAGGACAGCGACGACUCUGAUGCUGAGAACAAGCCUGCCUCUCCUAAGCGUCGCACUGGAGAAAAGGAUACUGAUCCCCUGUGUGAUGCUAAGCGGGCCAAGUCCUCUGAGACCGCAGAGGUCACCAAGUCUAGCCUCGAUACGCCCAUCCCUGCACCGACUGCGGAGGCCGGACAAAGCCUCUUCUCUCGAAUCCAAUCCCCGGCGCCUCAGUCGGAGUCAUCCUCAUCACCCAAGCCAAACCCGUUCGGUGCCCUCAGCCAGGGCACCAGCUUAUUCGGGAACUCUCCGGCUGAUAAGACUUGGAAGCCUUCCGAGCCCAUCAAAUUUGGGGCCUCCAGCACAACCUCUACCCAAGCCCCAGAAAAAGUAGAUGCAGAGGCCAAUGAUGAUGAGACAGCACCUGGUGCCAUCUUCAACCUGGCCGAAGACGCAGCUGAAACGGAGGGCGAAGAAUGCGUUUUCAAGUGCCGUGCCCGUGCUUUCAAGCUUGGCACGGGCUGGGUCUCCCAGGGUACUGGAUUCGCCAGCCUUCUCGUACAUGAGAGUGGACGUGCACGCAUCGUGCUCCGUGCAGAUCCCAGUGGUUCUGUCAUCCUGAACACCCUCCUCAAAAAGGACUACGACUACUCACUGACCAACAAUUCUGUUCAAUUCAUGGUCCCUCAGGUUGAUGGCCCGCUCGAGCAUUGGGCUGUCCGUGUCAAGGCGGAGUCUGUGAAGGCCUUCCAUGACAAAGUGAACGAAAUCAAGUACUAG